GUCAUGGGCUGCUCCGUCGUCUAUCCACAAAUUAUCGGUGUUCCACCUCGGUGCAUUGUUCCAAAAUGCUGGGCAUCUUCACGGGGCUGCCGUUUGCCUUCGUGGACUACCACCUCCACUACGGCAGCGCGUCCCUUGCGCAGGUGACGGCGUCCAAGCCCAGCCAUACGGCGGAGUGUUACGAGCAAAGCAUCUUCAUGGGGCUGGCAACGGCUUCCAACCUCAGCCACACGGUGGGUGGCUACGAGGUGCUGGGCAUCUCCACGGUGCUGCCGGUCGCCUGCGAGGACAGCCUCUUCCGCUACUGCAGCGCGUCCCUGGCGCAGGCGGCCGCGUCCCAGCUCAGCUACUCGGCGGAGCGCGGGGCACCUAAGAGGACCACCCGUUCCGCCACGGCAGCGCGUCCCUAA